UGGAUCUUAUUUGAGCGAGAGCCCUAGCAGUCAGAGUAGUAAACUUUUCCCCCAAAACCAUUUCAUCUUUUCAUCAAUUAAAUCACAAAACACUUCUUUCAAUCAAAAUCAAAUGGCUCGAUUUCUAUCGAGAUCCGCUCGCCAGGUAUAUGGCAGUCUAUCUGUGCAACCACAGCAGCAUACAGUCUCAGUUCGCUUUUAUGCCAAAGAAGCUGCUCCUAAAGCUCUUAAGGGUGAUGAAAUGUUGAAGGGUAUUUUUCUUGAGGUGAAGAAGAAAUUUGACACAGCUGUCGGGGUUCUUCGAAAAGAGAAAAUUACCAUUGACCCUGAAGAUCCUGCAGCAGUUGAGCAGUAUGCGAAAGUCAUGAAGACUGUUAGGGAAAAGGCAGAUUUGUUCUCAGAGUCUCAGAGGAUCCAAUUCACCAUCAAGCAGAAAACCGAUGGAAUCCAGGAUGCCCGGUCUUAUUUGUUGGCCUUGAAGGAUAUACGUCUCAAGAGAGGGCUUACUGACGAACUUGGUGCAGAGGCUAUGAUGAUGGAUGCACUCGAGAAAGUUGAGAAGGAAAUGAAGAAGCCACUUAUGAGGAAUGACAAGAAGGGGAUGGCUCUCCUCCAAGAAGAAUUCAACAAGAUAAACCAAAAGCUUGGCAUUCGCAAAGAAGACUUGCCUAAAUACGAAGAACAACUGGAGAAAAAGAUUGCCAAGGCACAACUUGAAGAGCUGAAGAAGGAUGCUCUUGAAGCAAUGGAAACACAAAAGAAAAGGGAGGAGUUUAAUGAUGAGGAAAUGCCAGACGUCAAGUCUCUUGAUAUCCGAAACAUGCUUUGAAGCAUAAAAGUUUGCUUCAAUAAUAUGCUCAUUUUGAGACCGUCAGCUUUAUUAAAAUUCUCGUGAAGUUAUAAGAUGAUGAUGAUGAUAUGCUGUUAUUUGUGUAUCAAAUUGGAUCCAAGAAUAAAUGUUUGAUUUUUGAAGCUCAAUGUUAUGACUGGACAAACCCAACUUUAAGUUUAUUUCCUAA